UGCGUCACUCAUCUCUUUCUCUCCCUCUCUCUUACUCCGUCGUUUUCUCUCUUUCUUUUUUCAAUUCAGUUCAAGCUCUCUCUCUCUCUCUCUCUCUCUCUCUCUCUCUCUCUGUUCUCUACCUCCUGCUUCAGGUCUCUGUUCUCUCUGCGACUCUCUCCACAGUCAGUCAGACAGAUGCGCGUCUCUCCGUCUUUCUCUCUCUCGCUCUCUGUAUCUCUCUGUAUCUCUGUGAGAAGAUGAACAGAUGAUUGUCUCUGGAUAAAUAGGAGGAGAAGAAGCGGUUGAUGGAUUUAAAGGAAAAUGCGAGGGUUGUGUGUCUUCACCUGUCUGUGUGUCUGCGUCUUCACUUCAGUGUGGCCGUUACAGAUGCAGUGUUAUCAGUGUGAGGAGACGCUGCUGAAUAACGACUGUUCGGCUGCGACCUUCAUCGUAAACUGUACGGCUAACAUCCAGGAUGCGUGUCAGAAGGAGGUGAUGGAGAACACACACGGUGUGUUUUACCGGAAGGCGUGUGCGUCCUACACCACGUGUCUGAUCACCUCAGCGGGGUAUCAGCGUUUCUGUUCUCCGGGUCGUGUGGGCUCCGUGUGCAUCAGCUGCUGUAACAGCCCGCUGUGUAACGGGCCACGCCCACCACACACACACUCCACAGCGCACACACACACCUACACACACAGCCAACACCUCCUCUCCAUCCUCACGCUGACCGCCGUGACCCCGCCCAUCCUCACGCCCUGAUAGUGGGUGGAGUCGAAACCCCAAAACUGGACCGAACUUUAAAGGACAUAAUCGCAGGUGGAUUAAACAGUUACAUUUAUAAUGAAUAAAGUUACACACUGAGACAGUUCAGCGGUCAUGUGAUUCUGGUUCUACACUUUGGUAAUGAUGUCAAAAAUAAAGUGA